CAUGUCUGCCAAUAAUGUCAUCGAUUUAUUAUUUUGACACAUCAGCUGUCACCCGUUUCUUUCUUUUCCGGUUAGCAAACGUACCUCCGCCAAGAUGAGGAAAAUUAUGAAACAGGGCAAAAUUGUAAUCGUCCUUAGUGGACGUUACGCCGGCCGCAAGGCUAUCAUCGUCAAGACCUCUGACGAUGGUACCCCCGAGAAGCCCUUCGGUCAUGCGCUAGUCGCUGGCAUCGACAGAUACCCACGCAAGGUGACCAAGAAGAUGGGCAAGAACAAGCUGAAGAAGAAGUCCAAGGUCAAGCCUUUCCUGAAGAGCUUGAACUACAACCAUCUGAUGCCAACCCGCUACACAGCGCACGACAUCAGCUUCGAGAAGCUCUCGCCCAAGGACCUUAAGGAUCCUGUCAAGCGCAAGACCCAUCGUUUCCAGACGCGCGUCAAGUUUGAGUCCGUGUACAAGGAGGGCAAAAACAAGUGGUUCUUCCAAAAGCUGCGCUUCUAAACAGUUUGCUAUCUGUGAAGUUCUCUUGAUUUGUCGUCGGUUUUUUUAAGAUCUAAAUAAAAAAACAAUUCUUAUAAACAUUAAA